AUGGAGAUGGUGGACUCCGAGCGCCCGCCGGCCAAGAAGAACUGGUACGAGCGCUACGUGCUGCCCUUCUUCGCUGAGCUGCUGGGCACUGCAGCCUUCGUCUUCAUCGGCUGCAUGUCAGUUGUGGAGGACUCAGGAAACACCGGGACGAUGCAGCCUGCGCUGGUCCACGGGUUGUCCAUCGUGCCCAUCGUUGUCAGCCUGGAAAACAUCAGUGGAACUCAUACCAACCCUGUCGUGUCCCUGGCCAUAUGGCUGAUCGGCAAGAUGGAACACAUCAUGGUCAUCCCGUACAUUAUUGCCCAGCUCUGCGGAGGGAUCUUAGGGGCUGCCCUGACAAAGGCCGUGGCAAACAGUGCAAGCUUCGACAACAGCUACGGAGGGGCCUUUGCUGUCAUCCAGAGAAAUGAGCAGAUCGGCGCAGCGCUGGGCAAUGAGAUCAUCACGACCACCUUCCUGUUGCUUGUGGUCUGCAUGACUGCAGUCAAUGAGGAAACCAAGAGCAAGCUAGCACCUGUCUGCGUCGCCCUGACAGUCGUCAUCAACGUCAUGGUGGGGGGUUCCGUAUCCGGACCUUGCAUGAACCCUGCUCGAGCCUUUGGGCCAGCUGUGAUAACCAACUACUGGCUCUACCACUGGGUGUACUGGGUCGGACCUGUGAUCGGCUGCCUGAUCUGCGGCAUACUGAUGAGGUUUGUGAUUGGUGGCCGGGAGAUCCGCCUGUUCCUGAAGUAAGGCUGCACAACAACACAACACAACCCUGGCACGUCCUGCUGAGCACACUGCUGAGACACCCUGGGAUGGCACUGCCGUGCCCCGGCCAUGCACCACGUCUGUCCUGCGGGGCUGUGCCUGGCAUCUGUGAGACUGCACGGCUCCAUGCUACAGGUGCAGCAUGUGGCUGUGGCUGGCAGCUCUGUACCACUGCUGCUAGGCUGCUCCUGGGCCCCUCUGCUCCCCUGGGGGCUGUGAGAGCUACUGGUUGCGGAGCAGAGCA